UCAUCUCGAACGGACACAAUGGAGAGCUUGCUUAUUGUUGGCACGCUAGUCAAACUGCUCUUAAUACCUGCCUAUCGAUCUACAGAUUUUGAAGUCCAUCGUAAUUGGCUUGCAAUUACACAUAGUUUACCUAUAUCACAAUGGUAUACUGAACACACGUCUGAAUGGACACUAGAUUAUCCACCUCUAUUUGCAUGGUUUGAAAAACUCCUGAGUAUGUUUGCCAUACUGGCUGAUCCAGCCAUGCUUGUGGUCGAGAACCUCAAUUAUGCCAGUCCUCAGACAAUCUUCUUCCAGAGAGCAACUGUGAUUGUUAGUGAGCUAAUACUUUACUGGGCACUUAAGAGAUAUGUAAAGUACUUUGGAUCCAAAUAUGUACAUUGGAUUUUAGCCGGUGCUCUUUUCCUUCAUCCUGGCAUCUUGAUUGUUGAUCAUAUGCAUUUCCAGUACAACGGUUUUCUCUACGGGAUCCUUGUUUUGUCUAUUGUCGAGGCCAAGCGGAAUAAUUUGCUGGAAUCUGGGAUUUUAUUUGCUAUCCUACUCAAUUUCAAGCAUAUAUAUCUGUACAUGGCCCCUGCUUACUUUGUCUACCUCUUGCAAGCAUAUUGCUUUGUUCCUGUUGAGUCAAAUAGGGAAGGACCUAAUGGCCAGAGAAAAUUCUCGGUUGGACGAUUGAUCACCCUUGGGAGUGCAGUUGUUGGUGUAUUCACAAUAUCUAUGGGUCCUUUUAUAUAUAUGGGCCAACUUCCCAAUUUGGUCGGUCGCCUUUUCCCUUUCACUCGUGGAUUGUGCCAUGCUUACUGGGCUCCUAAUUUUUGGGCCUUGUAUGCAGCCCUGGACAGAAUCCUGAUUUUCGCUGCAAAAGCACUAGGUUGGCCUUUGAAUGAAGCUGCACUUGGAUCAAUGACAAGAGGAUAUGUUGGAGAUACCCAAUUUGCUGUUCUGCCUCCAGUCCAAGCCAUACACACCAUGCUUAUUACAGUUAUUGUGCAGCUGAUUGUCCUUCAAGUCCUUUGGAGAAAACCUACAUUUGAUAAUUUCUUGUCAUCUUUGACAUUGUGUACAUUUGCUUCCUAUCUUUUUGGUUGGCAUGUUCAUGAAAAGGCAAUAAUGCUUGUACUGGUCCCUCUAGGACUUAUGGCAGCUAACAGCAAGACACACUUGAGAAUAUUCAUCAUCCUGAGUAGUACAGGAAUCUUUUCGUUAUUUCCGCUUUUAUUUGAGCCCACAGAAACACCCAUCAAGGUUUCGGUUACUCUCCUUUGGCUUAUUACCGUAGUCCCUGGACUUGCUCGCUGUUUGGCAAGACCACUCAAGAGCAUCCUAACCUAUGCUGAAAUGUAUUACAUAAUCGGCAUUAUUGGUGUCCAAAUCUACACAGACAUUGGCCACAAUUUGAUAUUUGGAUCCAAAACACUCCAAUUUUUGCCUCUUAUGCUCACAAGUGUAUAUUGUGCUGUGGGUAUUAUUUAUGGCUGGGGGUUGUUCAUGAGGGAAUUCCUUGCUGGGCGAAUGUAAUUCUUUAUUUGGAAUAAGGUCCCAAAGGUGUCCUGUCAUUACUACUCAUAUCAAU